AUGGCGGUGGUUUCUACAAGCACUUCGUUACUGAUAUCGGCUACGCUGGGCGUUCUUGUGUUUGCUGGUAUGCAAAUGUACAAGAGUCAGUUGGCCUCCAACGAAUGGAUGACCAUCUUUGGCGGAGCACUUGGAUCAGUUCUCUUCUGUCUAAUUUUGACGGCUAUAAAUAAUUUUGAAAAUGUGGCAUUUGGAAAGGGAUUCCAAGCUCAACUCUUUCCUGAAAUAUUCUUUUCAUUGCUGGUAUCAAUGUUUGCGUCUGGUCUGGUUCAUCGCGUCUGUGUCACAACCUGCUUCCUGUUUUCAAUGGUGCACAUUUACUACAUGAACAAGAUGUCAUUAUCAAUCCACGCCGUCCCAGUUGUACCGGUUGUGCCCGUCAAAACCGGCAAGAAGAAGAAUUGA